AUGUCAGCAAACGAUCCACAUAGUAUACUAAAUCGUGAUCCAAAAAGAGGAUACAUAGAAUAGAAGUAAAGAGUAACUUAGUAGCGUUACAGAGCUGGAAUUGUUCCAGAUUGGGCUUAAAAAGAAUAUGAUCCGAAUGAGACUGAGUUUAAAAAGAGCAAUUUAGCUUAAGGAAAAGGCUCACUUUAAUACAGGGGCAUGACAGCUGAUUCUGCAGCUAUCAUUAUUGACACCUAGGCUGGCAUGCUUAAGUGCAAUGUUGAAGAAAUCACUGUAUUUGAUUCAACCUCAAAUGCUGAUGUGGUUGUCCAUGAUGCAAAGAAAAGAGCACUUAUGAAGUAGAGACUAUUGGAAUUGGAAAAAAUGUAGUAAUAACAAGAAUAAAAUGGGAAUGAUGAAGAUGACGAGGGUCUAUUUGGUGAUGAUGAAGAGCUGCCUGUAGUAGUUGAAGAGGAGGGGAAUCAAUUUAAUGUAGAAGACGCAGAGGAUGGUGAUAUUGACGAAGGAAAUGAUGAUUCUGAUGAAGAUGCAGAUCAGGAGAACGAAGCUGAAUAGUAAAAUGUUUAACCCUUACUGAAACCUGUUUUUGUGAGUCGCACUGACAGAGAUGUCUAUGGUGAUAAGGAUAAAGUUUAUUAAGAGCAGAUAGAAUAAGAUGAAUUCCUGAGAAAACAAAAAGAGGAAAGGAAACAAUACACAAAGUAGCUAGUGGCUGAAUCAAUCUUGAAAGAGUAGACUUUUAAGGAUCAAGAGGCAGUAGAUUAAUAUGAUAGUGAUGCCAAUUUACCCUUUGAAGAGACUGACUUUGAAGAUAGAGAUUACCUGAAUUCACAAAUCGCAUAUGAAUCUUGGAAGAUGAGAGAACUAUUGAGAAUCAAAAGAGAUAGGGAAGAGAAGCAAUAAAGGGAAUUCGAGAAAUAAGAGAUUGAAAGACGUCGCAGAAUGACUGAUGCCGAAAGAGAGGAGGAGAAUAGAAGAUUGGGCUCAGAUCAUACAAACAAGAAGCAAAAUGUAGCCUAUGGUUUUAUGCAGAAGUAUUAUCAUAAGGGAGCCUUUUUCCAAGAUCGCCAAGAUGCCACCGAUAUAUUUCAAAGAGAUUAUAAUAUGCCUGUAGGCGAAGAUAAAAUGGACAAGAGUGUACUGCCAGCUGUCUUGCAAAAGAGAAGAGGCGAUAUGGGUAAAAAGGGCAACUCUAAAUGGACUCAUUUAACUAAUGAGGACACUACAAAUUUUGAUCCUUAACAUAGAGUUUCAGAUAAUAUUGCUUUUAAAACUCAACUUAAGUAAGGUGGCUAUAAAGGAAUGAACUAAUUAGAUAGACCUAGUGUGAGACGUAGAUACAAAUGA